UAAAUUUUAUUUUACCUUCGCAGUCCGCCGACGGCAGCGCUACCAGGGCGCUACUGCGGCCCGCGGCGGCGCACGGAACGAAAUUUCCGGUGUUUACGAGACAUGCGCAGAGACCGCGAGUCUUUCGGUUCUUCGCGCUCGAGCCAAGAUGUCCACCCACAAGAAGAAGACUAGGAAGCUCCGUGGACACGUGAGUCACGGUCAUGGACGUAUCGGCAAGCACAGGAAGCACCCCGGUGGUCGUGGUAACGCCGGUGGUAUGCACCACCACCGUAUCAACUUUGACAAGUACCAUCCAGGUUACUUUGGAAAACUUGGUAUGAGGAACUAUCAUUUGCGCAAGAAUACCAAAUGGUGCCCCUCCCUCAAUCUGGAUAAACUCUGGACGCUGGUGUCAGAGCAGACCAGGCUCAAAUACAAGGAUGCCAAACCCGAAGGCAAAGUCCCAGUCAUCGACCUUGUCAAGGCUGGAUACUACAAACUUUUGGGCAAGGGUAGGUUACCCAAGCAGCCCGUUAUUGUUAAGGCCAAAUUCUUCAGUAAGCUUGCUGAGGACAAGAUCAAGUCUGUUGGUGGUACCUGUGUUCUGAGCGCAUAACUAACUGGGUAAUUAUUGUACUUUUUCAACUCUAAUUAGAAGCGCAUAGAACAUUUGCGUUUGGACGAUCUCCGAUUAUGAUUUAACGUCGUAAAAUUGGUAAAAAAAUCAGAAAACAAUUGAUUUUGUAUGAUGAUAUAGAACGGGCGGACUUAAUAGUGCUUACAACACUUCAAACCGUGUAGAUUGUUCUCUCUGAUUGUUUAAUUCAAUUUUCGAAAAUUCGCAAACAUCGUAUAUGUACUCAAAACGUAAUUAGGUGAUUACCUUUUUUUUGUUUUCAGAAAACUAUCUUUCCAAGAUGAAUGUACGAUCUCCAUCUGCGUAUAUAAUUUAAAAAAAUAAAAAGUCCAAAAAAAUUUUGAAA